GUACUGCACAUGGAUAGGAAUGACUAUUAUGGAGGAGAGUCAACUUCACUCAAUCUCAUUCAGCUCUGGCAGAGAUUUAGAGGAACUGAUAAGCCUCCGGCUCAUUUGGGCUCUAGUAGGGAUUAUAAUGUGGACAUGAUCCCAAAGUUUAUCAUGGCAAAUGGUGCUCUAGUACGAGUCCUCAUACACACUGAUGUUACAAAAUAUUUGUACUUUAAAGCCGUGGAUGGCAGCUUUGUUUUUAAUAAAGCAAGGGUUCACAAGGUGCCGGCAACUGACAUGGAAGCCCUUAAAUCUCCUCUCAUGGGCAUUUUUGAAAAACGCCGUGCUCGCAAGUUCUUCAUAUAUGUCCAAAAUUAUGAUGAAAAUGAUCCAAAAACACAUGAAGGGAUGGAUCUGACAAGAGUGACAACUAAAGAGCUUAUUGCAAAAUAUGGACUUGAUGACAACACUGUGGACUUCAUUGGGCACGCAUUGGCCCUUCACAGGGAUGACCACUACUUACAUGAACCUGCAUUGGACACUGUGAAGCGAAUGAAGCUUUAUGCGGAGUCUCUUGCACGUUUUCAAGGAGGAUCGCCAUAUAUUUACCCUUUAUAUGGAUUAGGAGAGCUCCCUCAGGCCUUUGCUCGGCUCAGUGCUGUUUAUGGUGGGACGUACAUGUUGAAUAAACCUGAAUGCAAGGUAGAGUUUAAUGAGGAAGGCAAGGUCAUUGGUGUGAUGUCAGAAGGCGAGACUGCUCGUUGCAAGAAAGUUGUAUGUGAUCCUUCCUAUCUGCCCAACAAGGUUAGGAAAGUUGGCAGGGUCGCAAGGGCAAUUUGCAUUAUGAGCCACCCAAUCCCAAAUACCAAUGAUUCCCACUCAGUGCAGGUUAUUCUGCCACAGAAGCAAUUGGGUCGCAAAUCAGAUAUGUAUCUUUUUUGUUGCUCUUACUCGCACAAUGUUGCCCCCAAGGGGAAGUUUAUAGCAUUUGUUUCGACAGAGGCAGAGACUGAUCAUCCAGAGGUUGAACUAAAGCCAGGAAUUGAUCUUCUGGGGCCUGUGGAUGAGAUAUUCUUUGAUUUUUGUGACAGAUAUGAACCAGUCAAUGAGCCUUCUCUGGAUAAUUGUUUUAUAUCGACUAGUUAUGAUGCCACCACGCACUUUGAGUCCACUGUUGUGGAUGUACUCAACAUGUACACCAUGAUAACUGGAAAG